CCACACACAUAGGAUCGCCUUUCGAAGCUCCUCAGGAAAGUUUCGGACGAUGGAGAGAGCCGGUAAACGACCAUUUCUGACCACUUGCUCUCCUCAGCAGACCAUACGAAGCUGUCAUUAACUAUUACAACUUGUAACAGCCGACAGAAACCUGGACUCGGACCUAUAAUGGUGUUCCACGGUGAGCAACCGGUCGGAGCUGUGGACUUUUCUUCUUCCAAGCUGGAAUAACGCACUCCGCAGUAGGCACUUCAGUAGACAGAGACGGACAGACAAGACCACAAAGAAAACAUGUCUACAAGGGAUAUCAGUCAACCCUGCAAACAGGAGAGGAAGGGCAGUUUCUUCAAGCUGAUAGACUCAUUGGCCUGGGAACUUGGCACUCUGAAGAAGGAGAUGGGGAAAAAGAUUGACUCUGCAGAAGGAGACCAAAAGACAGAUACACUUCUGGGGUUGGGUGAAGAGGUGGGAGGUCUCUUCUUACAGGCUUCACCUUGUACUGGGAUUGGCGCAGGACUGGCUGGAGCAAGAGACUCUGGCUACGACUCCCUCCAUCGGCGGCUCAGUGUUCUGGAUAGACUGGUCCAUACACAUGCUGUGUGGCUACAGUUGGGCCUCAGCCACCAGGAUGCCAGACGUCUCCUCCAGAGCCAGCCUGCUGGAACAUUUGUAGUGAGGAAGUCAACCAGUCUGCAGAAAAAGGUCAUAUCUAUACGUGUGGACAAAGACUCCACAGUUUUCAUCAAGGAUUUCCCUGUCAAGGAGAGCCAGUACACCUUCUCACUGGAGGGAUCAGGCCUGAGCUUUGCAGACCUUUUUCGCCUCAUGGCUUUCUGCUGCAUCAGCAGGGAUGUGUUGCCCUUCACUCUAAAGCUUCCAGAGGCCAUCGCUUCAGCCAGAACUUUCGCUGAUCUUGAGGAGGUUGCUAAACUUGGAGCAGGCUUCUGGGAUGCUCAGUUGUGCCACAGGAGGAAGGGCUCAGUGUCGCUGACAGGGACUGCAGCUCCUGAUAGACCUCCCCCACCUGUCCAGAGACCUGUCUCCUCGGCAGCUGCUCCAGGGCGCCCUCGACUUCGAACUCGAACCCCAUCUGAGCUUGAGUGUUGCCAGUCCAACGGAGCACUGUGCUUCAUCAAUCCCCUCUUCAUUAAGGUUCACCAGACAGAUGGUGGUGACCAGGGCACCACUCCCAACACACCUGACACAGUAGAGCAGGGCCUCAGGGAGGAAUCCAGCAACACAGAAGCCACCAAUAAGGAAACUCUCCACUCUUGUAGUGACAGUUCUCAGGUGUGUAGCUCAGAUCACGGUGAGAGCAGCCAGUCAAGUCAAAGGAAAGUGCACAGCCUUGGAAGAAACACAGAGCUACAAGAUAAUAACAGACAAACCGGCAGCAGUCAAAAGCUACCUGCUACAGAGUGUGUGUCUCGGUCUCCACCCCCUCGUCCACCUCCGCCUCGAUUUGCUCCACAACGCUCAGCCCCUCCUGUCCGACAGCUCAGUAUGCCGGAGAAGAUCUCCUGGAUCAAUGUCCCCAAGGAGAAAAUGGAGCAGAGAGAGAGGGGCAGCAGCCUCCUUUCUCGUCUCGGCUCCUCACUAAGCAUCAGCCCCUCUUCUUCCCCUCCCAAGAGACUCAGCAUCAGUUCUCCCAUUUCUAUCCCCCGCCGAUCCCUGCCACUCUCCCUGUCAUCUCUGUCAUCCUCUCCUCAUCGAUCCAAAGCCUCACCAUCAUCCAGUCAAGAGGAUGCCCAGUGCCAUUUGGCGCUGGAAGAUGAUACUAUUGAGAGGGCCAUCAUUAGGGCCAAACUUUCUCAGCAAAAUUCUACCAGAGCCUCCACCCAGGACUCCUGCAGUCCUCCAGACCCUUCCUUCAUGGCAGCGAGCAAGGCAGGUGGAGACGAAGAAGCGGGUGAGGAAUGCAGUGGGGGCGGCCAACGGCUAAGUGACAUGAGCCUUUCCACAGACUCGUCAGACUCUCUGGAUUUCUCUCAGUCCUCCGCCUUUUUCAUUCCUCCUCUGCAUGACCCCAGCCCUCCCACUGUGGCUGACUUUAACACCCACCUCCCCCUCUCUCUCCCACAAUCCCACCUGUCCUACUGUGGCUUGGAGGAAGAUGAUGAUGAGGAGGAUGAGGAGGAUGAAGAGGAACCUGACUAUGGCGUCAGUCUCGAGAGUGAUCAGGACCAAGACCAGGACCUAACCAUGGUGCCACCUGGGCACCACACGAAGCGUCGCCCCAGUGCCAGCGCUUUGGUCCUCCAGAAGGCCCUACGAGGACAUCUGCGCAAGAUGAGUGGCGUUUUCAAUUCACUGCUGACACCUGAGAAGAGAGCGAUCCGCAGGGUUCUGGAGCUGUCAAGGGAUAAAGGGUCCUACUUUGGGUCCCUGAUACAGGACUAUGUGAGCUACAUGGGCGAGGGAGCUGGCACCCAGGCCUGGCAGGGAUAUGCCUCUGGACUGGAGCUGCUACAGACUCUCCGGCAGUUCAUCACUCAGAUGAAGAGCUACUUGCGACAGAGCUCUGAGAUGGAGCCACCAAUCGAAAGCCUCAUCCCUGAAGACCAGAUUGACCGAGUCCUGGAGAAGGCCAUGCACAAGUGUGUCCUGAAGCCCCUCAAACUGGUGGUGAGUGCCGCCCUGCAGGAGUUCCAGGUGCGCAGCGGGGCGUGGCAGGAGCUGACGGAAAACCUGUCGUUGGCCAAGGCCCGGCAGCCGCAUGAAAUGGGCGUGGCUGACACGUUGCCCCCAGACCCUGUGGCCAUUGAGAAGAUCAAGCACAAGUUCCACACUAUGUGUAAACUGUACUCCCCAGAGAAGAAGGUCACCAUGCUGCUGAGGGUCUGCAAACUCAUUUACACCAUCAUGGAGGACAAUUCAGGUCGUCUGUACGGUGCUGAUGACUUCCUGCCCAUGCUGACCUAUGUGUUGGCUCAGUGUGACAUGCCUCAGCUGGACAAUGAGAUACUUUACAUGAUGGAGCUGCUGGACCCCUCACUGCUGCAUGGAGAAGGUGGCUACUACCUGACCAGUGCAUAUGGAGCAAUGUCCCUGAUCAGGAAUUUCCAGGAGGAGCAGGCAGCCAGGGUGCUGAGCUCUGAAACCAGAGAUACGCUGCACCAGUGGCACCGUCGACGCACCACCCUGCGCUCCGCACCGUCUAUUGAUGACUUCCAGAAUUACCUGCGGGUGGCGCUGCAAGAGCUGGACAGCGGCUGCACUGCCAAGACUCUACAGGUCCGGCCUUAUGCCACUGUGGAGGAGGUGUGCCAGCUGUGCGCCCACAAGUUCAAAGUGUCCGACCCUGAGAAUUAUGGUCUGUUCUUGCUGAUGGAGGGCAGCAGCCAGCAGCUGGCCCCGGAUACCCACCCUCAGAAGAUAAAGGCGGAGCUCCACAGUCGCCCAGAGGCCGCUCCCUUCCACUUUGUCUUCCGCCGUGUGACCAACAGCACCCGAUCGUCGACUCAUCUUGACGCUACACCCAACCUCAAUGACCUCAACGUGACCUCUGACUCUCAGGCUAACCUGAAUGACCUCAGUACAGAGCUGUCACCCCCCUCCUCCCAGCUCAGUGUCAGCUUAGGCCUCAGCCCAACCCUGACUUUCAGCCUGCCGCCCAACCACCUCGACAGUAGCUCCACCUCCAUAUGAUUGUAGCAGCAAGUGGAAGCCUGAACGGGCUCUUUGUUUCCAGGUUUCCACAGUAUCACCCAUUCUCUCCAAUGAGCACGGUUCAUGAGCCAUAAAUGAGCCAACAUGUUGAAUGGGCAACACGCUAUGUCGUGCCAGUCUUUACAAAGCCUGACUUCUCCUUUUGGAUGACACGUCUGUCUCAGUUAACAUCCCCUCACUGGAAAGUUCUGUCUGACAGACACGACUGAAAGAGGAAAAGAAGAAAGGAGGGAAGGAAAUGAGAAAGAUGCAGUUAUUUUUACUUUAUUGGUUCUGGAUUUGACAUCAGAGCAACACUUCAGUGAACACAGCUCUCAAAUUUCUAAACACAGAUGAAAGUUGUCAGGCUUGCCUUCACGCUGCUGCUUUAGGGUCAGUGGUGGUUGUUGCUACUUUUAGAGUACAUGGAGGGAAAUCUGAUCUCAGACACACAUGGGACUAAUGUGUGAUUAGUCACUUUAUGUAUCCACGUAGUUUGUUUAGGUGAUAGAAGGAAGAUUUACUUCUCACAGUUGCUGGUAAACUGUUGGCUUGUUGUUUGUGUUUUAAAAUGAGUAAUUCUUCCAGUUGUAUGUUUCCAUAGAUUUGGUGCCACCCUGUGGGAACUGAUGCAUACAGCAAUGUAAUGUUUUCCAAAGUUUUCAUUUGAAGAAACAGUUCAGGCCACUGGGAGGAAACAAAACACUUCACAUCAACAACUAUCAGAGGACAUGUAAAUAAUGCAAAAGACACUAUGAAGUGCCAUGAGGAGGUACAACUUGCUGAAAUGUUGCUACCUUUACUUUAGUGACCCACUUUAGAAGAUAAUCAGUUAUUAAAUCUAUGCUGUGGCUACAUUAAACACCAGUUAAGACCAAAUUAUGGUUUCUGCAUCCCUGCGUGCUAAACUGAUGCAGACUCUGAAAGCUGACGUUGUUCUGUUCAUACUGCAAUAGGCUGCGGUAGGUCUACUGCAGAUGGCCACUGUGGAAUAUUCCUAAGGUGUGUCGAGCUCAGUGGGCAGACAUCUGCCAGUGAUUACUUCAAUUACAGCUUGUGGAUGAUUCUUAGACAGUCUCUCCUCUAAACAAGAAUAUCUUUUAUGCCUAAAUAGUUUUCGUGGCAUAUGUGCAUCUCACAUAUUUUGGGCUGCACAUAGACAUCCGCAAGGGGUGUAGACAUUCACAGACUUGGGUGGAUAGACCCUUGCAAUGGAUAUCCCAUUCUCCUUCCAGCAUGUAGCAUUUGUUAUGCAUAAAGCUGCAUACUUUCAGGCAUAUCCCAUCAUUAUCAUUGAAAUUUAAAAUUAAGACAAGUGCCUACACAGGGAUCAAUACUUUUGCUACAAGAUAUUUAUAAGAAAGUGUAAAAAAAAAUCUAUGAGAAUUUUUAGGAUUAACAUUGUAAAAUGUAGUGAAAUAUCGUUCUUUCAUGUAGUUUAUGUUUAAUGUUAGAAACAGGCAGGUCUGCCAGUUUUGAUGUGAGUAUCCUGGCGAUAUGAUAGAGACUGUAUGAUACCUGAUAGAUGUUGCUUGGUAUCAUCUCCACCUGGAUGGACAACAUAGCACAAAGGAACAGUUGCUGGCUGCCCUAUCUCACUUUUGACAAGGACUCAUACUACUACAGGACAAAGGUUUAUAUCCUGAUGAGAAGAAAGGAUGAUGUGACAGUUACAAAAUGGUUGUGUGGACCUUUAAGCUGGUCUGAGGUGCAUCACAGUCACAAGUACUGAUAUUAGGAAAAGCAAAGUUAAGUGACUAUGACCAGAGAGGGAACAGUACUGAGAUGGAUCAUUGUUGAGUUGGAUACUGUCAGUCAUAAAUACUUGAAUUUUAACAGUUUCAGUAGUCAGAAAAUGAAAUUCUAGUGCUGUUUUUGUUUAUUGAAUAAACUGAACUGCAUCACUCUCCAUUGAGUUCUGUUUGACAUGAGGACGAAAUGUUAAUGUGUGAGGUGAGGUCAGUGGAGAGACAAGUGAAAGGUAACGUGGCUGAAGUGAAGGAAUUAAUGUCCUGAAUGGUGUGUAAAUAGCCUGUACGGAGCUCACCACGCAUAUCUCUGGGAGCCAAAUGUUCUAAGUUUGAAUUCACAUGUACUGCCGUGUUGUUGCAAUCUAACUUUCUUAAACUAAGCAAGUAUUUAUAUGUCUCUGUGCGGGGAUUUUUCACAGAUGGCUUUUCCAUGUCUAAAAUAUUCCUGGUGGUGUCACAAUGUCAUUUGCAUCCAUUUGUCAUUGAUAUCAGAAAUAUUCUUUUGCACUUAAUAAAUGUUGGAAAUGGAAUUACA